AUGGAGAGGGUUACUACUAUCAGCCAUGCUCCUGGAGGAUGGAAGGUUCAAGAUUCAACCUGGGAUAACAUCUUGCAAGUCAGUCCGAAACAAUUACACAGCCUCCACUGUCCCACCGUGGCCCGUCCCGCUGAACAAUGUUUUGAUGUUGUGCAACAGGCCAAAAGUCGUUCACGGGGACAUGUCAUAUUUGCACAACUGAGGGCAAUAGCAAAAGCUUCGGAAGCACACAGGGCUCAGUUUAUCAGGAAGUUUGAGCUUGAGCCGGUUUUACUUACCAACUUGUGUCUCGACUCGAACGGCUUUGCUGGAUGCUCGCCCGGCUUUGAUGAACAUGGCCAGCUUGCCAGUUACAAAAUAUGGUCUCGCUUUGUUGUCAAGCAAAUACUGGAUAAGCUGCGACCCAAGCGCAGCUUCAUUCGUCGUUCCGUGGCGUCGAACCCACCGAAGACCAAUGCCCCGAUCCAUACGUCACGAUCGAUUACGAACGGCUGGGAGUGGUACGAGAUGGACUUUCAUGUGCAUUGGACAACUUCUAGUUUUACUGUAUUAUGCUUUAACCUCCCUGGACACCUUCAACACGCAGUGGAGGAGACGUUCAUUUCCAACGCCGCUGGAGCCGAAUUCUCGGAUCCGUACCGCAUAUUUGCUACCAUUAUUAACACACUUCUUCCAGUUUAUGACAACUCGGUUUGGAGUAUAAGGAAUCACAUCUGUCAAUGGGAGGCGGCACGGAAAGAGGAGCCUGAUUACCCACUACUACACGAAAUAGCCAGAUAUGCAAUUCAUGUCAGUGAAACAAUUGCCGUGGCGGCAAAGUCCUUGAAGGAUUUGCAGAGUCAGCAUCAAAAGUUCCUGAUGCUUCGCAACCGAGGUCAACCCAGCACUGAGCAGGCAAAAAGUAGUGAUUGUCCUUUUAAUUUUCCACUCAUGAUAUUGGAAGGGCAGCUUUCACGGUCAAAGUCAAACGAGUGUCGCGUUCAAAAUGAGACUCAGUUGGCGUUUCACAUGGCUACGCAACGAGAUAGCAGUACGCAACUGCGAAUUGCGGAGGAGGCAAAGAAAGAAGCCUCAACAAUGAAAGCAAUUGCUGUUAUCACAAUGACCUUCUUGCCAGCUACAUUUGUUUCGGUACGGUGA